AAAAGGGGUACGUGUCUUGCGCAAUAAUAAAAUCAAUGAACCGGCAGUACAUAGAAAAAAAAAUAGAAAAUAUACGAGUACGUCGGCGUCGUGAUCGUCUAAAAAACGUAGACGAUUUAACAAGUGUUGUAUUUGAUAAAAUAAUAAAAUAUGUUUUGUUUGGUAAUGAUAAUGAUGUAAUUAUUGCUGAAGAAAUGCCAUCGCGUGAAAAUAUGGAUAUGUGCACUGACAAGGUUCUGUCAAAAGGAAGAAUACUUCAAGAAUUGACAAAAGCUGUCAAAUUGAUUUAUGCACAAAGUUUGCAUGGAUCAGUUGUUUUGGAUGGUGAUUCAUGGCUUGUUUAUUGGCUUGAUCGUGCAUUAAGACAUGGUCUACGUGUUGAACGUCAUGGAUAUUGGGGAACAGUACGUGAAUUAAGUCAUCAAGAUACUAUUGUUGUUAUACAUGCAUUGCAAAGUGUUCUAACAUCAAUUGGAAAAGGUCGAGCUUGGCUUUAUCAUACACUGAGUGAGGGCAGCUUUGAAAGUUACUUGGCUUGUUUCUUGAGGGACUUUAUAACUUUAAAAAAACAAUAUUUUCCUCAUGCACUUGUUCGUGAUGCUGACAAAACUCAUCAGCUAAUUAAUCUGCUAGCUGGUCUAGAAAAUGUCUCAUUUACACUUCAAUUGGAUGUAACAUAUUUGGAUAUUUGCAAUUAUAUGCCACAAAUGCCAAUGAGUGGUUCACCAUCUGGUACAGCAUUAUCAUUGCAUUUAUUAUCAUCAAGUGUAACAUCAAGUUUACCAUCACCAGGUGACAGUGGUGUUGCUCUUGAUAGUGAUAUGGAAGGUGCAAAUGAAACUGAUACAAGUAGCAGUUAUAAAGAAGAAGAAGAUUCAUCAAUGGAUGAUAUACCAAAAUAUUCAAGCAAAAAAUAUAAAUCAAUAAUUAUGACUUGUUCAAAAGACAAUAAAAAUAAUAAUGAUAAAUUAUUUUCAUCAAGUGAUUCAAGUGAAGAUGGUAAAACACCAAUACAUUCACCAAUUAUUAAUACAAAAUAUCAAAAUUCAAUAAUGAAAAAUGAUAUUAUUAAUCAAAAUAUAACAACAAUAACAACUAAAAUUGAUGAAAAUGAAAUUAAUUGUUCAAGUUUAGAUACACUAAAAGAUUAUAAUAUAUAUAAUAAAAGCUAUGAUAAUUCCGAUACAAUUAAUGAUAAACGUAAUAAUUAUUAUACUGAUGAUAAUUAUAAUUCUAAAAAAAUUAUUGAUUCACGUAAUUCAUAUGUUAUUAAUAAUGAUACAAAUUUAUUGGAGCUAAGUAUGACAAUAUCAGAUUGUGAUUGUUGUAGUGAAACACCAUACAGCAUAUUAAAUACAAUAAAUAUGACUGAUAAAAGUAUAUUAACAUCAUCUGGUUCAGAGGCUGUUGUACAACGUCGUCAACGUAAAAAAAAACGUAGUGAAACUAAAAAAAGAGUUAGUUUUCAUGAGGAUAUAUUUAAAACAAUGAAACUUGAUGAUGAUGAAAAUUAUUGUGAUUUUUCACAAAAUUAUAAUAAUACAAUUAAAAAAAAUUAUGCACAAAAAGGUAGAUAUAGCUGGUGUGCUAAUGGUGAUUCACCAUAUGUUAAAAAAAUAAUAAAUCAAAGAAAUGCAUAUUCUGAUUAUUAUCCAUCAUCAUCAUCGUCAUCAUCAACGUCAUCAUCAUUUAUAUCAUCAGCUAGUGCUAUUACUGACAAUGAUUAUGGCAAUAAUUCUAAUAAACUAUUAAAUAAUAAUAAAAAUUGUGAUAAAUUAUCAUGUCAAAAAAAUGAUAAAUGUGUUUGUAUUCCAUUGAUAUCUGAAAGAGGUGUACCAGAAGGACAGGAAGAUCCAAAAAUGUUAUUUAAGCCUAAAAUGGAAAUUGAACUUGAUGAUAAUGAAGCACAAGAAGCUUAUAUUGUUGAACGUGAUUAUGGUUAUAUUAUUGAUGAUCCACCAGUUAAAACAGAUAUGCCAAAACCUAUAAAAUAUGCACCAAGUUGUAGUGAUUGGUCUGAUAUUGAUAGUGUAACAACAACAACAGCAACAGCAACAUCACUUGAUAAUAUUAAUAAUGAUGAACGACGUAAUUCACGUCAUUUAGCAUCACCAUUAAAAAAACGUAAUGUUACAUCUGUAUUAACAAAUGACAAUAGUAAACUUGGUAUAUCAAAUUUACGACAAACAGCAGCAUCAUCAUCAUCAACAACAACAGGUACAUCAUCAUCAUUAUUAUCAAGAUUUUUACGUUCAAUAACAGAACGUAAAUUUGAUAUAAAACGUAAUAAAAAAAUUCAAAAAAUAAAUACAUUAUAUAUAAAAGGUGCUAAAGCUGAUUAUGAAACAUUUAAAAAUUUUGAUGAUAAUUUAAAUAAAGAAAUUCAAGAUAAUAUUGAUGCUAAUAAAAAAUUAGAAAUACGUGAUGAAAUAAUAAAUAUAAAUUUAUGUGAAAUAUUUAAAAAAUAUAUAUAUCGUGAUAAAAGUGAAGAAUUAUAUAAAAUUUAUAAAGUUAGAAGUUCAUAUAUGACAAAUGGUGAAAGUAAACCAAUGCUUGCUAUAUUAACAAAUAAAACAUUAUACUUGACUGGUUCAAAAAUUGAUAAUACAUAUAGUAAUCAAUUUGUAAUACCAUAUAAUGAAUUGGAUGUUAUUAUGAUUGGUCCAAAUUCACAAACAAUAUUAAUAUCAAAUGCUGAUUAUGAAAUGCAAUAUUUAUUUUCAACUGGUUGUUCUAAAACAACAUCUGAUUUAAUAUCACAUAUUGAAUUAUCAAUGAGACGUUCACCAAUAAAACCAAAACUUCCAGCAGUUAAAGAAUUACAUUAUGAUGAUAUGCAUAUAUUAAAACAUUCAAUAUUAAAAGAAACAGCUGUUAAUCCAGAUGAAAAAAUUGAACAUUAUAGUUUAAUAUAUAUUGAAGAUGAUCAUAUAUCACCACCAAGUAGUCCUUGUGGUCCAACAAAAGAGGGUCAUUUAAUGUUUAGACCACAUUCAUAUCAAUCAGUACAUCCAAAUGCACCAACAAAUCCAUGGGAAGCUGGAUAUUUUGUAUUAAAAGGUGGUGUUAUUUAUAUGUUUACUGAUUCAUCACAACGUUUACCAAAACGUGCAAUACCAUUGAAGGGUGGACUUUGUCAAGGAUGUAGAAGAAUACCAAAUUCACAUAGACCUCAUACAUUUGAAGUUUUAUUAAAACCAAAUAAAUCAUUUCAAUUUGCAGCACCAGAUGAAUAUGUUGCAUCUGAAUGGCUACAAAGUUUUGUACAAUGUGCAUCUGGUUUAUUUAAUUGUUUUGAUAAUAAUAAUCCAUUACCAUGUAGUCUUGUUGUAACAACUGGACAUUUAAUAACAAUGAAAGAAGUUUUUCCUGGUACACAAAGAGGUGAAACAUUGUCUUGUGCAUUGAUUGAAGAUCUUACAGCAUUUAGAAUGCCAUUGGCUCAACAAUCUUGGUGUAUACUGGAAUUUGCUUGUCGAGAAGUUCAUGAGAGUAGUGGUGAUUGGGUUAUUUAUUUUACAAAUCAUAAUGAGUUACUUGCAUUUCGUGAAACUUUGGAAUCACUAUGGGCAAAUACAAAAAUGGAGGAAUUUCCAGUUAUAAUAUUACCACCAAAUAAUAAACUACAUCGACGAUGUUCAGAGACAAGUAAAGAUCUUGAAAAUGCAUGGAAUAAUUUAUUGCCUGUAUCAUCAAUUGAAUAAUAACUUUUUGUGGCCUGCAUAUCACUGAUAAUACUCAGCUAGAUGAAACAAAAAAAGAAUGGGCAACCAUUGGAUUUAUAAUUCUUGCUACAAUAAUCCAUGAUUAAUAUAUUUAUAAUAAUAUAAAUAAUCAAUAUAACAAAAUGAUCUGAGUACGUGAUUUCAAAGUAGAAUAUAUAUUUGAAUUAAUAAUUAUAUCUCUUUACAUUUAAGAGCAAAAAAAAAAAGAAACAUGAGGGAUUGUGCAAUACGUUUAGUUCUUAUUUACUCGUAUAAUCAUUAAAAAAAUAAUUUCAAACAAUAAGAAUGAUAAUUUAUAACAGAAAGACUGUUGAGUUAUGGAAAAAUUUAAAUUUAAAUCCAUUUUGAUUGAUCAGUUUUACAUACUGACAUAUGAAUGUCGACUAUAAUCGUUAUAAAUAAUUUCAUAAAAAGCAGCUAAUGGUGCAUACACAAUACUCAUGUAUAUUAAUUAGUGUUAUCAAUAUAUAAUUAUACUUUAAACAGGGGGGGAAAGAAAAAAAAAAAAGGAGAAAACAAUAUGACAUUGUAAUCAGAACUGUACCAGUGUUCUUAUUUUUAUUUUAAUCGUAUAUUUUUUAUUCAUUCAAUGCUAACGUUUUUUAUUUUAUUUUAUUAUUGUUAAUUAAUUUAAUAUUUUUUUACGCAAUUUCAUAAAUAUAGAGAGCUUUCUUUUUUUUGUACAAACACAGCCACUGGCACUUGAUAAUAAAAAAAUAAAAUAAAAAUGUAUUAUACAAUUUGUGGUGCUUAACUAAAGCUCUGUAGUUAAUUUAAAAAAUAUAUAUUGACUUUUAGUUUUUCAUUAUUUUAUUUUUUUUUUUUAAAUAGUUUAUUUUGUUUAUUAUUUAGUUUUUUAAUUGAAAUUUGUAAUUAGCGAUAAAACAGUGAUUGUAAUUGAAAAGAAUGUUAAAAUUUCUGUAGAAAUUUUAUUAUGGAAAAAUGUGAUAAAAGCUGGA